UGAUCAAAAUGUCUGCUCUUACUGCCGUGAAAUGAUCUCCAUCUGAUAUCCGUGUUGUGCUUUGCUUUAUAAAAAUUAGUGUGAAGUUCUUCAAAAAUGGAUCAGUUCGGUGUUCACUGUUCAGUGUUGAGAAAUUAGAUACAAAUUAAACGUCAAUCGGAAUGAAUUCAAUGUUUACAAAAUAAUGAAUUAUCUCUUCUAAUAACAUUCAUUUCCAAAACCUCGUCCUUUUCUUUUCGAUUUUUCAUAUAAAUAUCUUAUCAGACGUCUUAAUAUGGAAGUGCCGCUUCUGUAUACCUGUCCACUAUGCUGCAAUAAUACGUUUAACUCCAAGGAAGCUCUUGCAGAACAUUUGAUACAAAUAUCACUGAAUAUUGCAUGCUCAAUAUGUAACGAAACCUUUGCUUCAUUGGAGUUACUCACAGAACAUCUUAAGACCGAUAACUGUGAGGGUUUGAGUCAAGAUGAGGAUGUUGUCCUUGAAAAUGACCUGAAUAACAUUAUCAAAGUUGAAAAUGAUAUGAACUCUGUAAACUCAGACUCCAUACAGGAGAAUGAAGUCAUCACAGAACAAAGUAAUCUACAAACCAACACAAUAGGCAGAAUAAAAUUAAACAAUGUAAAUGUUGACUCUGACGGAGGCAAAAUGUAUGUAGAACUUCUAAGCAAACAGUUGACAAAAUCUUGCCUGCAUGCACAAGAAGUGAAACUGGUGAAGGAAGGUGGCCAAAGUCGUUAUGUAAUCCUGGACUCACUGUUGAACCCAGAUGUUACUAUUGUUACUAAACAAAACAAUGAUGGCACUAUAUCUUUAACCACACUGAAAGAUACUGAGGUUAUUCAAAAUGGUGAUUCUGAAUUGGAAUCUGAAGCAGUAAGUGAUAACGACACAGCAGACAGGAGCGGUGAAGAGAUCUACACAUGCAAUACUUGCAGUGUUUCAUUCUCAUCAGUGUUGGAGCACAUACAGACAUAUCACAACAAUGAGGAUGUUGUUGUCCAUGAUAAUGGCAACACAGAUCUACCUAUACAAUUUGAAAAAGAUGAAAUGACAGAUAAACAAUCCUCGCGUAGAAUGAUAACAGAGACUGGCAACAUUGUAGAAGCACCUGUGUCGUCAAAUCAGACAGAUCAAAGCAACAUAUACCACAAGGUGGUGGUGAAAGAGAUACAAACGCCGAACGGUGACAAGGCGAAAAUGUAUAACUGCAUGACAUGCAACCUAUACGUCUCCUCUCUGGGAGAGUUCAAAAAGCAGCCGUGCAAAGUUCUGAAAUACCAAUGUCUACACUGCCCAGUUGAAUACUCGAAUUCGAAGUCGUUAUGCGCCCACAUGAAAGUGCAUAAAUCAAAAAACCAAGAAACCAAAGUGCCAGCAAAAUACGAAUGCGAGAUUUGCAACACACUGUUCCCCACGAGCAAGUCCCUAAAGUUGCACAAGAAAAUGCACGAUCCUGUCAAGUCCCGACCCAUAGAGCCUCCUUUAGAAACGCCAGAGGGCAUGCCGCCCAGUGACGACAAGUAUCUAUGCUCCACGUGCAACAAACUAAUACCCAUAGACUAUAGAACCAUACACCAGAACUCCCACAAGUCAAACAACAAAAUGAAUUGUGAUAUAUGCAACAAGAAGUUCCUCUCCCAAGAGUAUUUGGAAAUGCAUAUGGCUGUACAUAAAACAGAUAAGGUAGUUGUGGAAAAGAAAGACAAACUGCUGCCGUACGACUGUUUGUAUUGCAAUAGAAAAUUUGCUCGGCCCCAUGAGAAAGUCAAACAUGAAAGGAUACAUACAGGUGAGAAGCCGCACUCGUGUGAGAUAUGCGGCAAGUCGUUCCGCGUGUCGUACUGCCUCACGCUGCACAUGCGCACGCACACUGGCGCGCGCCCCUACGCGUGUCCACUUUGUAACAAGAGGUUCAAAGCGCACAGCGUGUACAACCACCACCUGCUGACGCACUCGGACGUGCGCGCGUACAAGUGUCCCUUCUGCCCCAAGGCGUUCAAGACGUCCGUGCAGCUCGCCGGACACAAGAACUCGCACACCAAGCCCUUCUCUUGCCAACAGUGCAAUAGGCCAUUCGCGUCACUGUACGCGGUGCGGGUGCACAUGGAGACACACUCGCGGCAGAACAGUCUGAAGUUCUCGUGCACGCUGUGUGGCGCGAGCUACGCGCGCGCGUUCGCACUGAAGGACCACGUGAAGCAGGUGCACAAGCAGGACAUCGACACUACGGAGAGCGUGGUGAGUUGCACAUGGAGACACACUCGCGGCAGAACAGUCUGAAGUUCUCGUGCACGCUGUGCGGCGCGAGCUACGCGCGCGCGUUCGCGCUGAAGGACCACGUGAAGCAGGUGCACAAGCAGGACAUCGACACUACGGAGAGCGUGGUGAGUUGCACAUGGAGACACACUCGCGCGGCAGAACAGUCUGAAGUUCUCGUGCACGCUGUGCGGCGCGAGCUACGCGCGCGCGUUCGCGCUGAAGGACCACGUGAAGCAGGUGCACAAGCAGGACAUCGACACUACGGAGAACGUGGUGAGUUGCACAUGGAGACACACUCGCGCGGCAGAACAGUCUGAAGUUCUCGUGCACGCUGUGCGGCGCGAGCUACGCGCGCGCGUUCGCGCUGAAGGACCACGUGAAGCAGGUGCACAAGCAGGACAUCGACACUACGGAGAGCGUGCCGUUGCUUGAAACAAAAGACUGGAUGAUACAAGAAAAUGCCGAUGUUGAUUCUGAAGAAAUGCACGACAAAGACUUGCCGGAAGAUAUGAACGAAUUGAGUAUGCAUAACACUGAACUGAUCAUCCCUUAGUUUAAUUUACCAAUUAAGUAAUAAUAGUAAGUAAGUAAUAAAUAAAAGAAAAGUUUAAAGGGCAAUUUCUCAAUCAUGUGUUUUUUUUUCAAAACUGCCGCAAUGAGCAUAUUGUGGAGGAAUCCAAUUGCCAUUCCAAAGCGAAAAAUGAGAAUCAUGACAGAUGUUUUUUUAUAUAUCCUAUAACCGGCAUCAUUUAUUUAACACAGAAAAAUGAUUUUACAAUUUGACAAAACGAAAUGUUUCAAAAUUCGCGCGUUCAAUCAAGUACACUACAGCUUUAUAAUAUGUAUUAAUAUAUCAGUUGUCUUAUUACUAUGACGCUAAUAUAAGAAAUGUUCUUUCUUAUCUCUUUCAAAAAGAUAUUGCGAGUAUAUGUUUUACUCUGGAUUUUUUACGUUUAAACGAAAAGUAGGUAUAUAAAAUACAACGCUGUACAAGUUUCAGCAGAAACAGGAAUCACCAUUGCUUCUUAAAUUAAAAAUAUUAGGUAUAUAAUAAUUCAUAUUACCCUGCCUUUCUAUAAAUUAUUCAUCAGCUACUAGACAGACAGCCGGCUGUCCACGAACCUAUAAAAAAUGUCUAAAUUAUAUAAUAAUAAUAAUAAUAAUAGCUGGUGUUGUAAUUUAUCUGUUAUAUACCUAUUUGAAUUUCUAUAAAAAUCGUUUUGUGAUCAUAAAUUAGUUAGGAAAGGUAAAUAAAAAGGGAUAUAUUUAUUUUAGUGAUAUAUUUUUAUUUGUAGUUAGGGCCUGUUAGUUCAUAUAUUAAUAGUAGAUUAUUAUGAAACGGUUUUAGGGGAUAUAUAUAAUUGGGGUUCUUAAACUGUGGCGAGAGUAAUUUUCGUUCAGUAAUUUAUUUUUUUGAAGAAUUGACUUGCUCUUCAUUACUCGUAUAAGGUCAAUUUAACGAGAGAUUUAAGUCUAAUGUAAAAAUGUACAAAAAUAAUUUUGUAUUUAUAAAGAACGUGUUUUUUUAAUAACUAUUAUAUGUUUUUGUUAUAUGUACCUACUGUUUAUUAAAUAGUUUUUGAGUAUGUAUAUAUUGUAAUUUUUCUUUUAAUACAUUAAAAAUAUAUUAAACUUAAUAAAAUUACUUUAUUUUUUUUUAAUUUAAUUAUUUGAUUUUAUUAUUUUAUCAUAUAUUUAAAUAUUUCUCAUUAUAUUCUGUCUCAUUUUUUAAUGUUUUUUUAUAUUACAACAAAUAACAUAAUUUUGUGCAAUAUACUCAUAGAUAAUUUUUAGAAGUUUUAAAUUUUAUUUUUUUUAUAACUCUGUAUACAGUCUUUAUUCUUUUGUUUCUAUUGUAAUUAUUACACAAUAAAUGCUGUUAAACUAGACGUUGUUUGUUCAUUUAUGUGUAUGUAAUGAAUGAACAAUACAACAGACAAAGGUGAUAUGGGUUGCGGUAUCUAGCUAAAUAUAAGUCUGGGUUGCGAUAGACUCACUCCUGGAGAUGGGGCCUUAGAUACCUAUUGUAGAAUAUCUCUCAUAUUAUAUCGAUCUAAAUCAGAAUCAGUAGUAACCAAACUUUUUAUCAUACGUAAACCAUUUGCCAUAUUUAGCAACCAUAGUUUUGUUUUAAGAUAUCCAUUGUUCUAAAUUCGUUUAUUUAAAAUGUAUUUUGAAUAAUUUCUAAUUAAGGGCCAAAAAUCAGGUCCAAGUUAAUUUUUUAAUGAAAAUGAAAUCAAGGUUUUAGUGAGAAAAAUUUAAUAAUGUAUGUAAUAAUUCACAAAUCAAUUCAUAGUAAAGGUUAAAAUUAAAAAAUAAGUCUAUGGUAACUUUGUCUCAAUUGUUUUUUUUUCUUCUAUCUUUGUCGUUCGCUAUAAAUAACAUUGGGUAUUGAAUACUGAUUUAGGUUCAUGUAAUAUGGGAAUUUAGACUAAUAUAAUAUUAUGUAAUUGUAAAUAUUCCAAGAAACAUCAAGCUUGCAAUUUCAUCAUAUUGUUGUAAGCAACUAAUAAAAAAAACUAUUUUAAUA